UUAUUCCAGACAGUAAUGCAGGCCUCAACCUGUGAGGAAACAAACAGCUUGAACCAUCCAAGAAGAGAUCACAAAUAUUUUUGACCUCCUCAAAAAUCUAAGACUAUUAGUGGUGGAAAAGCUCCACAGAUAUUCAUAUUGUCGGAAAAGCCGAGAUUGCAAGUCAGAGCUGAUUAUGCAUCAGAGGAUCCACACUGGUGAAAAACCAUACAAAUGCUCCGAAUGUGGAAAAGUCUUUCACUACACCUCCCAACUUCUUGAGCAUAAAAUUACCCAUACUGGAGAAAAGCCUUAUCAAUGCUCACAGUGUGCCAAAAAGUUUAGUAAGCAUGCCCACCUGGUGAUACACAAGAGGACACACACUGGAGAGAAACCAUUUGAGUGUCCAGAGUGCGGGAAACGUUUCAGUCAGAAUUCCAACCUGGUGACACACCAAAGGACUCACACUGGGGAGAAACCAUAUGAGUGUUCGGAUUGUGGGAAAAGUUUCCAGCAGAAUUCCAACCUGGUGAUACAUCAGAGAACUCACACAGGGGAGAAACCAUAUGAGUGUUUGGAUUGUGGUAAAUGUUUCAGUAAGAAUUCCAACUUGGUGAUACAUCAGAGAACUCAUACAGGAGAGAAACCAUACGAGUGUCCAGACUGUGGGAAAAGCUUUAGUCAUAAUUCCUACUUGGUUAUACACCAGAGAACACACACUGGGGAGAAACCGUAUGAGUGUCCAGAUUGUGGGAAAAGUUUCAGUAAUAAUUCUAACCUUAUGAAACACCAGAGGAUUCACACAGGAGAGAAACCAUAUGAGUGUCUAUACUGUGGGAAAAGUUUCAGUCAGAACUCUUGCCUGGUGAUACACCAGAGGACUCACACGGGAGAGAAACCAUAUGAGUGUCCGGAUUGUGGCAAAAGUUUCCAGCAGAAUUCCAACUUGGUCAUACACCAGAGGACUCACACAGGAGAGAAACCAUAUGAGUGUUCAGAGGAAAACCAUAUCAGUGUCCAGAUUGUGGGAAAAGUUUCAGUCACAAUUCUGACUUUGUGA